AGAAGCUUCUUGUUUUCGGAGAUUUAAGUCAGGCCUUUGCUGUUACUUUUGUGAUUGAAGAUUUGGAGAUAUUGUUCAUUAUUUCUCAGUCCUGGCAGCUAAUCUCCUGACGCUGAGGAUGUAGGGUUCAUGAAACCAGAAAGUGUCAGGUCUGACCAAAAGAAAAGACAAACUCAACAACACACAGAGCUCUGUCUAUUCACAGAGAAGUUGGCAGGGCUGAGCGGUGGCAGAACAACUCCAAGCAGUAUUGAGGGACGUGCCUGGAGUGGACAAAUCAUGCCAAUUGUCUGUGAGAGGGACCUAAAGCUAAACACAAAAUGAAGAGAGAAAGGGAAGCCUUAUCCAGAGUCCCUAGUGCUCCAGGUUUCGUGCACUUAGUGUGCCUUCUUCUAAUCCACUCAGGCCUACUGGAAGGCGUCAAUAUCACCAGCCCAGUUCUCCUCAUCCAUGGCACAGUUGGCAAACCUGCCCUGCUCUCAGUGAGGUACACCAGCACCAGCAGCGAUAAACCUGUGGUCAAAUGGCAGCUGAAGCGAGACAAGCCUACCACAGUGGUGCAGUCCAUUGGCACCGAGAUCAUUGGCAACCUGCGCCCUGAUUACAAGGACCGGAUUAAAAUACUUGAGAAUGGCUCCCUGCUGAUCAGUCACCUGCAGCUGUCAGAUGAGGGCACCUAUGAGGUGGAGAUCUCCAUCACAGAUGACACUUUUACCGGGGAGAAGAACAUUAACCUUACCGUGGACAUUCCAAUUUCAAAGCCUCAUGUUGUCCUUGCAUCAUCCACUGUGCUGGAGCUAAGUGAGUAUUUCACCCUGAACUGCUCCCACGAGAAUGGCACAAAGCCCACCUACACCUGGCUGAAGGACGGCAAGCCCCUCAGCAACGACUCACGGCUCCUUCUCUCCCACGAUCAGAAGGUGCUCACCAUCACAAGAGUCCUCAUGUCUGAUGAUGACAUUUACAGCUGUCUGGUAGAAAACCCCAUUAGUAGCGGGCGCAGCGUCCCAAUAAAGCUGACGGUGUAUAGAAGGAGCUCCCUCUACAUAAUCCUCUCCACUGGGGGCAUUUUCCUCCUUGUCACCUUGGUGACGGUCUGUGCCUGCUGGAAGCCCUCCAAAAAAGACAAACGGAAGCUGGACAAGCAAAGCUCCUCUGAAUACGUGGAUCAGAAUGAAGAGCAUUUAAAGCACGAAGUUGAGAUUGUCCCCCGCAGCGGAGAACAUGAAUGCAGGAAUCCAGUCGCUCUCUACAUCUUAAAGGACAAAGAUUCUCCGGAGGCAGAAGAGGAUUCCUUUCCGCAUGCAAGAACGGCAGCCGAGCAAGGAUCACCCAGCUAUUCCAGCUCUCCUCCUGGCAGAUCCCCAGGUCCUCCUGUUCGAUCGGCUCGCAGAUAUCACCGCUCCCCAGCCCAAUCUCCAGCCUCCUCCAGAACACACAAAUCCCCGCCCAGGUCACCCGGCUCUCCGGUGCGCUCCCGGAGUGCUACACGCAUGCUGCGGACUGCUGGCGUUCAUAUCAUCCGGGAGCAGGAGGAGGCCAACUCUGUCGAAAUCAAAGCCUGAGAGCAUCCAGCUCAUGUGAACAGGAAGCUCCCGCUGCCUAGGAAUGGGUCUCUAACAGGUGGCAGUGCAUUGGUUUCAGGCGUGUGUAUGUCCGCGUGUUCCAGGUGGUGAAUGGGGCCCAGGUACUGCCUGUAGAUAAAGGUGAAACGUGUUGCUCCGCUGGCUGGAUGAGCCCAGUUUAAAAUUUACUGUAGCCUCAGUGUUCCAGCUUCAGCGGGUUUAAAGACACUAAUUUGCUAUUUAACGCUCUAGGGCAAUCCCAGGCAGCUCACUAAGGUUUGGCUUUCUGGGGUGUCAGACUAAUUCCCUCACACUUGAGAUCUGUCCCUACGCAGCUCUACACGUGCAUGUAUGUGCAUGAGAACCUGUGUCUGUGUGUGUGCGUGCAGCUUAGCGUGAGUAGGUGUGUGUAAGCAGGCAUGCUUUCGAGUGUGACUAGGUGUGCCUGUCUGCCUCAGUGUGCCUCUCCGUGUGACAUUAUGUGAGCCUGUGGGCAAGUACAUUUGCACGUGAGCUUCCACACAGGCCCCUGUGGGCUGCUGUCGGCGUGGAGCGUGUCUGUGGGCACACACGUGUGGCCGUGUCCCUCUGGGCGGAGGGCUGAUCAUUGGCCAGGGCUCGCAGACAUUCACAAGGCAUUGCGGGGCUGGUUUCGGAGCUGUGGGAAAGGAGCGGAGGCCCAGGACUCUCAGAGUGGUGAGUCGUUGCUCAUUUACAGAGCUUGCUAAGGGGCUGGAAGGGGCUGGAAGGCCUGUUAGAGGCAGCACGCUGCUGAAACUAGUCCAUGCUUGUGCCGGAAAAGCAGGCAGAGCGAAAGGCCACUGGGUGGAGCUGACAGCCACAAAGAAGCUCACUGUGGGUCCCUGAUCAUGGGACCAGUUACAGGGGGCCCCAGCCGCAGUGUACUUUAUAGCCGUCUCAGAUCUAAAUUUGCUGUGGCCCCAAGGGGGCAUCACACUGGCUGAGAACAGCUAGUGCAGUAACCUUCCAGCCAUGCAUAUGCCCAGGGCUGCACAAGGGCCGGCUUAGGAGCUGGCUGUUCCAGUUGGGACCUCUCCCUGCACCUAUGCCCAGGGGGCUCCUCAGCUGAGGGGAACCUGCAGCUUUCCAGCCCUUUGCCCCACCAGACAGCGCAGAGGGCCCAAAACAGUGGCAUGAAGUCACUGCUUCAGCGAGCGCAGAUGUGAGUCCUGGCCCCACCAGGCCCCCAGCCUCAGCCUCAUCUCAUCUCUGCUUGGGGCAGCAGAGCCAGUCAGCUUUGCCAUCUCAGCAGCAGCCGCCCUGUUCCCUCCACGGCACUGCCCCUUGCCUGCAGGGUCAGCUCCACUGACUGUCACUGCCUUCCUGUAGGGCAGCCCCACAGGUGUGGGGGGGGGACUUUCGAGGCCCCGGACUGGAACUCCAGAUCACUAGCACAGCUUGGGGUAUAUUCUUUUGCUGUGAAAUAGCUUUUUGUUCCGUCUCUGACAUACGGCUGCACGGACCAUGUUCCCUCGCAGUCCGCUUGCUCGUAGCACGCUGAGCCCUGGGAUUUGCCUGACAGGUGUCUAGUUAGCCCGACUGCUGUCUUCUCUUCCCCCGCCAGCUCUGCCAUGUCUCUAUUUUCUGUGAAAAUUGCCUGUUCUUUACACGGACAUUCAGACGUGACACUAGUGCAAAUUCAUGUUUGACUUCUCUGGGGACGGUAGCUAGGAGAAGAGCGUCCCACCCCCCAGCAAUGUGUGGUGAGAGAAGCUGCCAUCUAGCCAGGAGGGGUUAGGGCCCCACAUCCUCCUCACACCCACAAGCUUGUACUGCAUCCCUGUAAGAGCAGACACUGUUGAAUAAUAAACUAAACCUACUACCCUC